AUGUCUUCAAACAACCAAGACUCUAACCAUGAAUUUCGUUCUCUCUAUCCGGCGCUGGACGAAGAUGAGCUCGCCAGAAAGUCAAACGCGUACCUCGGCAACAUAGGUGUUUCAUAUCGUAAGGAGCUCAUAGUCCGUAGUGAAGGGCGCUCCAUAUGGACUGCAUCCGGUCACAAAUUCCUCGACUGGACUUCGGGUCAAAUGUCUUGUCUUCUAGGACAUGGCCAUCCAGAGAUCGUCAAGGUGGUCGCUGAGCACGCUGCUAAACUUGACCAUCUUUUCACGGGAAUGCUUUCACCUCCUGUUAUAGCCCUUGCUGAGCGUCUCUGCAACAUGCUGCCACCAGGCCUUGACAGAGCAUUCUUCCUCUCGACAGGAGGUGAAAGCAACGAGGCAGCUAUAAAACUUGCAAAGGUCUUUACUGGUAAAUUUGAGAUUGUCGGCCUGGGAGCAAGCUGGCAUGGAAUGACUGCACAGGCGUUGGGUGUGCAGUACCGAUAUGGCCGCAAAGGACAUGGACCCAAUAUGCCUGGCAUGUUUGCACUUCCAGCACCCAAUUCUUACCGAUCCAUCUUUCGUAACAAUGAUGGGUCUCAUGACUGGGAAAAAGAGAUGAUUCGCGGUUGGUCUAUGAUUGAUAUGCAGUCAUGUGGCUCUCUUGCAGCAUGCAUCGUCGAGUGUAUUCAGUCAUCUGCUGGUAUUCAUGCUUUGCCACCGGGAUAUCUCAAGGCUCUGAAGAGAGAAUGUGACAAGAGAGGAAUGCUUCUUAUUGUGGAUGAGGCACAAACCGGUAUUGGGCGCAGUGGAGAUCUCAUGGCCAUUAUGCACGAGGGCGUUGUCCCAGAUAUCGUGACCCUGAGCAAGACCCUCGGAAAUGGUCUGCCACUCAGUGCGGUUGUGACUAGCACUGAGAUCAAUGAUCUGUGUACCAAGAGAGGCUAUUGUAUGUAUACUACACAUGCAAACGAUCCUCUUCCUUGUGCUGUUGGUGACAAGGUGUUUGAGAUCGUCAUGAGAGAUAAUCUUGUCGAGAAUGUCAGGGCACUGGGAAACAUUCUCCAUGCCGGAUUACGCAACUUGCAGUCCAAGUACAAGUGUAUUGGAGAUGUUCGCGGCCGAGGCUUAAUGGCUGGUGUUGAGAUUGUUUCCAACAGGGAAACGAAGGCAGCUGACGUCGAGCUUGGUCAACAGAUAGCAGAAAAUGCCUUCAGACGCGGUUUAUGGGCGAAUCUUUCGAGCGAUUCCUAUUUCAGUGGAACACUUCGCAUGGCGCCAUCAAUCACUAGCACUGAGGAGGAGAUACUGGAGGGACUUCGAAUCUUAGAUGAGGCUUUUGCAACUACGCCAGGUACGCAGGGGCUUUCAGCAUGA